UCGUCAUCAAUCAUCAUGAUGGCCCCCUUUGCGAUGCUCGUGGCGCUCGCGGCCUUGGUCGCCGUCCAUGCCGCCCCCGCUGCCGAUGAGGUCACUAGCCUCCCUGGCUGGGACAAGGCCCUGCCCUCCAAGCACUACAGCGGUCACAUCCCCGUCGGCAAGGAAAACAACCCCACUGGUUACCUCCACUACUGGUCAGAUCACCCUCCCACCCAGAUGGCAUCCCCGAUACCCCACCCCGCUAAUACCUGGCGUGCCAACAGGUUCAUCGAGUCGGAGAACGACCCCAGCAACGAUCCCGUCGUCCUCUGGCUCAACGGUGGCCCCGGCUCCAGCAGCCUCAUCGGUCUGCUCACGGAGAACGGCCAGUUCAACACCAACGAUGACAGCAUCAACGGCUCAAACAUCAACCUCAUCUACAACCCCUACUCCUGGUCCCAGGUCGCCAACGUCCUCUACCUCGAGCAGCCCAAGGGCGUCGGCUUUAGCUACUGCGCCGAGGGCGUGUCCUGCGUCAACACCGACGAGAGCGUCGGUGAGGAGGGUGCCGACUUCCUCGAGCGCUGGUUCGAAAGCUUCAGCGAGUUCAAGAGCAACGACUUUUACAUCACCGGCGAGAGCUACGCCGGCAUUUACAUCCCCGAAAUCAUGAAGGAGAUCGAUGCCCGUGGUUCCAUCCCCAACUUCAAGGGUGCAGCCAUUGGUGAUGGUUGCUGGGGCAACGAAGUCGGCACCUGCGGUUUUGGUGCUGAAGUCGACCGCAUCAACGUCGAGUUUUACUACGGCCAUGGCAUGUUCCCCCAAACCAUGUACGCCGAGAUCCAAGAGGCCUGCAACCACUUCAACGGCACCGAGAACAUCAAGUGCGAGGCCAUCCUUGCCAAGAUGAACCAGGACAUUGGCAACUUUGACAUCUACAACAUCUACGACACUUGCGGCAACGAUCAGGUGACCCUGGACCACGCCGAGAUUCGCCGCCGCAUUGGCCAGGCCCGCGUCGUCAACACCUCGGGCAGCCAGGUCUACUCUAUCCACCCCCAGCUCUCCGAGUUUCAGGGUGCCCUCAACGACUACACCUGCGGUGCCCAAAAGGUCAUGGACCUCUGGCUCGCCCAGGACGACGUGCAAAAGGCCCUUCAUGUCUCCAAGCAAGGCCAACAGAGCUACCGCCGUACCGCUGCUGACCUGCGCGACCUCUACAAGACGCUCGCCCAGAAGUACCGCAUGCUCAUCUACUCGGGCAAUGUUGAUGCCUGUGUGCCCUACUGGGGCUCAGAGGAGUGGACCCGCCAGCUCGGCUUCCCUGUCAAGGAGGCCUGGCGCCCCUGGACCUCGGGCAGCCGUGACGAGCCCAAUGCUGGCAACGUCCUCGCCGGUUACGUGACCGUGUACGACUCAAACAGCACCGAUUUCACUUUCCUCACCGUUGCGGGUGCCGGUCAUCUCGUGCCCCAGCACAAGCCCGUUCAGGCUCUUCACAUGCUCACCAGCUUCCUCCACAACAAGUCCUAUUAAGCAAUGUCCUUCUUUGCUUGCAGCCUUGUUCAAGCGGGUUUUGUGACUGUUGGUUUUUGAUGGCUUUUUUUUUUUUUUGCUCGCCUCAAAGUUGUUGUUUCUGACGAGGAGAUUUGAAGGUGGUCAAGCCGAAAGGAGACUAGGACUGCAUAACCAAUUGAUCUGAACCCCC